AUGGUCAAUGAAGGUGCAUCGCGAAAAGCGGCUUGCGCACGCGUUUAUUUGAUGGAUGUCGAUGGUUUGGUCACUACAAAACGUCACCCAAUGGAAAAUUUACACAUUCCUUAUGCGAAAGAUAUGCCGCACACAUAUGACUUGUUGGAGGCUAGUAUUUAUAACGAUUUCUUUGGCACAUUGACCUAUGUUAUGUCAAAUAACUAG